CGAUGCAUCAUAGAUGGUGGGAGAUAAAACGCGGAGUUGAUCAUCCCCGACUACCCAUACGUGCUCAGUAGCAAUUUGCUCCUCUCAAAUUUCCAUACCCGGUGUCCAAUAUCCAACAUGGACACACACAAGGCCGCUGUUCUCACGUCGCCCCAGGGCUCAAAAGAAAAACCCACCUUCACUGUUAGAAAUGAGGCGCGUCCAGUCCCGGGCCCAAAUGAGGUCCUUGUUCGCCUCUCGAUGACAGGCCUCUGUGGUUCCGACUUGGGAAUGGCCAUGGGCCAUUUUGGACCGGUGGGCAACAUCCUCGGACAUGAGGGGGUUGGCCGCAUCGCAGCCUUGGGCUCCAACAUCGCCGCCCUCGACCAGUCGGUCGAAGUUGGACAGCGAGUUGGGGUUGCCUGGACCCGCGACAUCUGCAGCACUUGCGAGUCUUGCGUCGAUCUCACAAACGAGGGCGAAACUCGUUGCGAAAAGGCACUCCACUCAGGCAAGGCGUACGACGGCACCUUUGCCCAAUACACACUCGUACCUCUCCGUUACCUGGCCCGGCUUCCGCCGCAAUUCGACAACUUGCCCGAUGAAGAGAUUGCCCCGAUUCUGUGUGGUGGUGUAACCGCCUACAAGGCCAUCAAAGGGUGCCACAUCACGCCGGGUCAAUGGUUCGCGAUAUCGGGAGCGGGUGGCGGCGUCGGAGCUCUGGCCGUGGCGUACGCUCACGCCAUGGGCUAUCGUGUAAUUGCCGUCGACGCCGGCCCCGAAAAGGGCGAGAUUUGCAAAGCGCAUGGCGCCGAGCUGUACAUCGAUGUUACCACGCCGGGAACGUUGGGCGAGAAGGUGAGGCAAGCUACUGGAGGUCACGGCGCAAAGGCGGUGGUUGUCGCGGCCACGGCGACAGUCGCAUACCAAGAGGCCUUCGAGCUGCUUGCGCCCUUCGGUACCCUGAUGUGCGUGGGCAUUCUGUCGGCUGAGGCCAGGGUCAACUUCAACCCUCUCUGGCUCAUCGCCAAGGGGUGGAGGAUCGAAAGCUCAUCGGUUGGGGCCCGUGCGGAUAUACUGGAGGCUCUUGAGUUUGUGAGACGACGUGCUGUUGUGCCAAAGGUCCACCUAGGAAAGCUUGACGACAUUGAGGAGCUUGUUCAGACCAUGCACGCGGGCCAGCUCAAAGGCAAAUGGGUUCUGAAACUAGAUUAGAGGUAACCAACGAGUUGCCGAUAGCGAGUGGUAACGCAUGCUCGUCUCGCCUUCGUUGGAUGAUGUGAUUAAUAAACAUAAAUGCAUGAACUCAU